AUGGGGCUGGGUGGCCGGGGAACGCUGGGAGGACUCCCGGGAAAGCGGAGACCCGAGGUCUUCCUCACUGCAGUUCGCCUCCUGAAGGCACGGUACCUUCACGGCCGCACGCUGGUCCCGGAGCAGCCAGGAGGCGCCCUGGCCGAGGUGCACCUGCUGUGGACGCCGGUGCCGCCCGCGCUGAGCCUGGCGGCGGACGAGCAGGAGCGCACGUGGGACUUCCUGACGCUGGUGGCGGGCAGCCGGGCGCAAGCCGAGGCCCAGUUCCUGGAGGCCCUGGGCAUGCGCGCGGCGGGCAGCCUGUACCCGCGCCACACCGCGGCCUGGUCGGCGCUGUGGGAGGCCUGGGCCGCGGACCUGGAGGGGCCCCUCGCCCUGAGACAGGCCCUGCGGGGGUGCCUCUACUACACGCUCAGCGCGCUGCCGCCCCCGGGCUGCCGCGAGCCCUUCCACGGGCUCAGCCCUGGAGGCCUCUCCAAUGGGGCCCGCGGCCAGUGCUACUGGGGCCACGUCUUCUGGGAUCAGGACAUCUGGAUGUUUCCCAGCAUCCUCCUGUUGGAGCCCAGCGCUGCCAGGAGCAUCCUGGAGUAUCGAAUCCGGACCCUGGCCGGGGCCUUGGCCAACGCCAAGCUGCUGGGAUUUCAGGGUGCCAAGUUUGCCUGGGAAAGUGCCAGCUCUGGCAGAGAGGUCUGUCCUGAGGAAAUCUAUGGGACCCAGGAGAUCCACGUCAACGGGGCGGUGCUGCUGGCCUUCCAGCUCUAUUACCAGGCCACCCAGGACGUGCAGCUCUUUCAAGAGGCGGGUGGCUGGGACGUGGUCAGGGCCGUGGCUGACUUCUGGUGUAGCCGGGUCACGUGGUGCGAGGAGGAGCAGAACUACCAGCUCCGAGGGGUGAUGCCCCCAGACGAGUACCACUCCGGGGUCAACAACUCUGUCUACACCAACGUCAUAGCUCAGACCAGCUUACGCUUCGCCGCUGAUCUGGCCGGGGACCUGGGCCGGCCAGUCCCCGACCUUUGGGUGACGGUGGCCGAGAAGAUGAAGGUGCCCUUCGAUAGGGAGAGGAAGUACCACCCGGAGUUCGACGGCUACGAGCCGGGACAGACGGUCAAGCAGGCCGACGUGGUCCUCCUGGGCUACCCAGUGCCCUACGCCCUGAGCCCGGAUGUUCGCAGGACCAAUCUGGAGACCUACGAAGCUGUGACGUCCCGCCAGGGCCCGGCAAUGUCCUGGAGCAUGUUUGCGGUGGGCUGGCUGGAGCUGAAGGAGCCCCGGAAGGCCCUGGAACAGCUCAGGAAGUGCUUCUCCAACAUCUCGGAGCCCUUCAAGGUGUGGACGGAGAACGCGGACGGCUCGGGCGCGGUGAACUUCCUGACCGGGAUGGGGGGCUUCCUGCAGGCGGUGCUGUUCGGCUUCACGGGCCUCAGGAUCACCGGGGCCGGCCUGCUCUUCGACCCCGCGUGCUCCGCCCCCGUUCUGGCCGUGCGGCUCCCCGGGGUCUCCUACCUGGGCCACAAGCUCCGCCUGGACUUCUCCGAGGAGGCGGUGACCAUCGAAGUGACGGCCGCGGGGGUCCCGGGGGCCCCGCCCCUGGAGGUGGAGCUGAGGCCUUCUGGGAAGCGCCUCCCCCUGCCCGUGGGACGCGAGAUCUCCUUCCCCGCCGCUGCCGGAAGGAUCCAGAGGGCGCCCGUGUAGACGGCGGAGACCCGGGAGGGGGCCUCUCCGGCCCGAGUGCCCCUUGGCGGCCUCCUUCGCCCCCACCGCCUGGGGCAUCUUCCUCGGGCAGGCC